AUUGUUAGUGACCGAUAGCGAAGUGUCAAAUAUUAAACAGCAGCAAAGAGAGAAUUACCCUGACAAGAAAGAAGUGUCCUUAAAAAUAAAAGGAAGUGUGCAUUCCAUCAUCAAGUGCCAUAUGCUUGCAUUCGAAUUUUAGGCCGAAAUAGAACGUAUUUUCGCACAAUGACAUUGUUCAGCAAUGCAAAAUUGCCCGUUCUGUACGGCUUGUAGGAAAUCGGCAGGGUUCACUACUGAUUAAAAUUAAUAAUGUAUCGAUAAAACCUCGUGAAAAAGAAUAGUCAAUAUGAACAUCAUAUCGUCCUCUAAAAAUAAAGUGUCCAACGUUGACAAACCUCUCAUCAAGCCUCGAAGCGACAUACAUAUAUCUCUCUAUGGCUUGCUAUUUUCUGAAGUCGUACAAUACUGUCAAAAUCGAGCCUCUUCUGUCAGCGAAAUUCAGGCUAAACUCGCCGAUCUAGGCCAGCAUAUUGGUCAGCGCGUCAUGGAUGUACAGGCUGUUCGCGACAAAAACUUUAAACGUGAGACGAAACUCAUACAGAUGCUAAUUAUGAUAAAGAGUACCAUCUGGAAAAACCUAUUUGGAAAGGAGGCUGACAAACUGGAACAGGCUAAUGGAGACGAUAAAACGUAUUAUAUCGUGGACGGGGAACCACUGGUGAAUCGUUUCAUCUCAAUGCCGAAAGACCUUUCAAGCCUCAAUUGUGCCUAUUUCAUGGCUGGCAUUGUUGAAGCAAUUAUGGUCGGCGCUAAUUUUCCGUGUAAGGUAACAGCGUUAUGGCACGACGGAGGAACGACAUUCAUCAUUAAAUUAGCAUGAACGAGAAAUUCAAACAAUUAAAUAAUAUAGUUAUCAAAUGAUUAUACGUAAAAACAUAGAUACUACCUUGUUCAUAUAGCUACUAUAUGCAAAUAUUAAUAAAGGCAAUUAUGUAUUUAG